ACACACACACACACACAGACACACACACACACACACGCACACACACACACACACACACACACACACACACACACACAUACACACUUCUGACUGCGCAUCAUUUUCUUCAAGGGGGGUGUAAUUGUGGACGGUACAAGCACGCACGCUGGCAGAGAAAGUGUUCACACAGGAAGUGACUUCUCUGGGCCUCACGCUUCCUUAUUUUGACUGCUGGCUGUUUACUGGUGCAAAGGAGUGCUUAUUGUGGAAUUUGUGAGAAUUUGAGCUGCAAUGACCACGACACUCCCUCCUAACUCAUCUCGGCUUCCGGAUGAGUACCGCACGGCUGGCCUGGUCUUCUAUUGCUUCAUCUUCAUCAGCGGCGUUAUGGUCAACCUCAGCGCUUUAUGGGUUUUCGCCCUGACCACCAAGAAGAAGACCACCAUCACCGUCUACAUGACCAACGUGGCGCUGGUGGACCUCACCUUCAUCCUGCUUCUCCCCUUCCGGAUGUUCUACCUCCACUGGGACUUCUGGCCCCUCGGCGAUAUUUUCUGCCGCAUCAGCGCCGCCCUCACGGUCUUCUACCCUUGCAUCGCCAUGUGGCUCUUCACUCUCAUCAGCGCCGACCGAUACAUGGCCAUUGUGCAGCCCAAGCAUGCCAAGGAGCUGAGGAACGUGCCCAAGACGGUGGCAGCGUGUGCCGGGGCGUGGCUAAUGACCCUGGGCGGCACCGCCCCGUUGCUUUUCUCGGUUGGGGACGAACACGACAGCAACUUCACCACCUGCUUCAAAAUGCAGGAUGUCAUCUACCUGCGACGCCAAGACUCCGUCAACUUCGCCCGCGUGGUCUUCUUCUUCCUGCUGCCCAUCUGCGUCAUGAUUGGUUGCUACGUGGUGGUCGUGGACAACCUGAUCCACGGGCGCACCUCCAAGCUGAAACCCAAAGUGAAGAGGAAGUCCAUUAAGAUCAUCAUCACGCUCAUCCUGCAGGUUAUGGUUUGUUUUGUGCCGUUUCACGUGUGCUUGGUGCUGCACUUGAUGGGCAUGGACCAAGACGAGGUCUUCUGGACGUGGGCCGUGUUCUCCACGUUCCUCAUGAACCUGAGCACGGUUCUGGACGUCAUUCUGUAUUACAUCGUCUCAAAGCAGUUCCAGGACAGGGUGAUCAGCGUGAUGCUGUACAGGAACUACCUGCGCAGCGUCAGGAGGAAGAGCAGGCACACAGGCAGCCUGCGAUCCUUGAGCAACGUGACCAGCGCCAUGAUUUAAGACUUUGCCUGCUUGUCUUGGAAAAAGGUGCAAUAGUUAUUGUAUUUACCAGGAUGCAAUUUACACUCGCGGUGUGGCAACGCUGCCGUCAGGGUGACAACAUCUGUGUGUCGAGCUGAUGUACCCACCUGGGAGACUUUAGAGCGACUCUGCACAAAAACACAAAAACAACACAAGGUGUUAGUGAGCACGCUAGUGCAAAUUAGGCUCCCAAUCAUUAAAACGUAGCCUACAGUAAUGUUUUUCUUUGUCAUCACACGGAGACUUAUAUAAACAACUGGCGUAAAUUAUACAGAAUUCUCUAAAAGCUACUGCUUCUAUUAAACUUUUAUUGAGCAAA